AUGCCGAAACGGAAUAACUCUUUUGGAUCAGAAGAUAGAUCAGUUUCGGCAGUGGUCAACCGAAUGACCCAACACCAUCAGCCGGAGCCUACUGUCACAUCAAACGGGGUCCCAUCCAAUGACUCCUUCAAGAAAAAUGAGCUAAAUAACAACCAUUUACCUCUGAGAAGAUCAACAGGAAGUGCAGCAUCGAAUCUGUCAAAGGCUAAAAGUGAAGGGAAUCUUAGCGAAGAGUUGGAAAAUAGUCCACCAAUCAAUUAUGAUGAGAUGCCAAUAAAACCAGCCAAAGGUGGACAGUACUUCGAUGAACUCUCUCAUUCUAUUGAUGGUUACGGUAUGUUGGCGAAAAAAAGCACAAGUCACCAUAGCCUUCCGAUCACAACAGCCAAUCAUGUGCCCGUCAAAAAUUCGAAAUCCGUUCCCUCAAAGAAAAAUCAGACAAACGGGAAAUUGCUACCAUCGGCAACGUCCCAAUCGAAAUCUUCGCUAAGGUCUAAUAUAAGUGGGAAAUCCUCCGCUAAAGUGCAGCCGAUUGUGACUCGCAAUGGAGGAAGCUCUGGUCCGAAGACAGUCCAAAGUGCACUCAAGAGGAUUGAAAGCGAGGACUGGAACGAUAAAGUGGACGGUAUUAAUCUUAUAUGCGAAUUAUCUGCAUCGAAUCCCAAGGAAGUCGCCGAUAAUAUGCACGAGGUUGUAAUGGCAGUUCUGAGCGAAUGUAAAAAUCUUCGAUCGAGCGUGUCCAGAGCUGCACUAACCUGCAUUGGUGCACUUACGCAGAACAUGAAAGCCAAGAUGGACGUGGAGCUCGACAAGCUCUGUACCAUCCUCAUUAACAAAGCUGGAGACGUCUCUAAUGCGUUUAUCCGUGAAGAUGCCAGCGAAGCUUUGGAGAAAGUGGUGAAAUAUGCUUCAGCCAGCAAAGCGCUCCAAUCCAUAAUCGCAGCUGGUUCGAAAUCGAAGAACAACACUAUUCGCGCUUCCUGUGCCGGUUUUGUGGGCACACUGGUGUCUCGGGUAGGAGCGCCCGUGCUGUUAGCGUCAACAGAUCAGUUGGCUAGGCUUAUCCCUCAGCUGAUAGCUUUUUGUCGUGAUGCCAACGCUCAAGUGCGGAUGCAUGGCAAGCAAAUUCUCGUUGGUUUGAGUCAGGACCCUUCUUUUGACAAGCAACUGAAGAAGGCUGUUAGCGACUCAGAGUAUAGAACAGUGAAAGAAAUUUUAGAAGAGAUUGGGAAAAAGGGAGGUAUCGACUCGCUGGAAAGCACGUCUACUUCUCUGGCUAGCGCCUUGUCUAGGACGGGAAGUGUACGAAAAACUAUCGCAAGAAAACUCCCAGACAAUGUCCAGCUUGAUUUGGAUGAGAUACGGGCUGACCUGACGGCUGCUGGAUGGGAGCGCCGCAUCGGUGGCCUCAAACGAUUUCUGGAAAUGACGUUAUGUACACCAAAGGCUAUAGCCAGCGAUACAAAGCUGAUCGAAGCGUUUAUUGGACGACUGAGCGACAUCAAUAGCAAAGUCGCACUUGAAGGUCUCGACACCUAUUUGGCUUGUUUACCGAUGCUCAGCAAACUGUACUCAACCGAGUCGCACCUAAAGGCGAUACUGAAUCAGCUUCUUUUCGCCCUUAUGUCACAUCUAUCAAGUAAAAGCGACGAGCAUCGCACGACCGCGCAGAAAUGCUUGCGAGAAACCGUGAAGCAAAUAGAUCCAGCAAGUCUCUCUCCAGCAAUGGCUGCGGCAACGAGAAAAGCCAACAUAAAACAAAAACCGUUCAUGCUCACUAUGUUCAAUCGUCUAAACUUCAACCUCUACCCAACGAAGCCGAAGCAGGUGGAAGUAGUCGCCCUUCCGAUACUGUGGGAGUGCUUGAAAGCCGGUGUAGCGGACAGUGAAAUAAGGAAAGCUGUGACCGAAUUCGCAAAGGGCCUCCAACAACUGAUGGGUGAGCGUGCACUACUCGAUCAGGCGUCAAUGGAGGUCGAUCCUCCGCGAAAGAAAUUGCUCGAAUCAUUGAUACGAUAG